AUGUAUGUCUCGGGACUUGCAGUGUGCACCCUAUCAAACCGGCCAAUCCAGGCGGUCCUGUUUCGUCUCGCUCUUCGCCCACUGCCCAGUGAUGACCGCCGGAAAAGGCCGGCGCUGGCCGGCGGAUCCAGACAUCGAGUGACGAUUUUAUUAUUCAAUUGCACUGGACCCUUCCCAACUUGGUCGAGCGAGACUAUCAUCAAAUACAUUUUUAAACAAAUACAUACAUUCGUUGAAAAAACCCCAAACCAUCUUCACUCUUUCGAACCACCUUCCAACAUCCACCGGGCCACAUCAGAUUCCAACCGUUCACCGACCGACACACUCGAGAAACUAUCCCCGCUAGCUCCUAAGCCUAAAAUCCCAGUCCCCCACACCCCACUUCACAGUUUAAUUACUUGUGAACCCAAUCCAUGCACCCAAUCUGAACUUCCCUCAUAA